AUGAAUGUGUCAAGAGUCAACGCAGUGUCUGAAUUCAUACUCCUGUGUUUUCCCUGCUCCAGAGAGGUUCAGGUCCUCCUCUUCAUGCUGUUCUCUGUGUCCUACAUCCUGACACUGAUGGGAAACGGGGCCAUCAUCUGUGCAGUGAGGCUGGAUCACAGGCUCCACACCCCCAUGUACGUUCUGCUGGCCAAUUUCUCCUUCCUGGAGAUAUGUUACAUCAACACCACUGUUCCCAAUAUGUUAGGGAACUUCCUGUCAGAGACCAAAACCAUCUCUUUCACAGCCUGCUUCCUCCAGUUCUACUUCUUCUUCUCACUGGGCACUACUGAGACCUUCUUACUGCCCCUCAUGGCUUUUGAUCGGUACAUGGCCAUCUGCCGGCCUCUUCACUACUCUACCAUCAUGAGCAGUCGUCUCUGCAUGAACUUGGUGGCCCUCUGCUGGGUAAUGGCCUUCCUCUGUUAUCCAGUCCCCAUCUAUUUCAUCACACAACUCCCUUUUUGUGGCCCUAAUACCAUUGACCACUUUGUCUGUGACCCUGGUCCUCUUCUGGCCCUGUCCUGCAUCCCCGCCCCUGGAAUUGAGCUUUCUUGCUCUAUUUUGAGCUCGCUCAUUAUCUUCAUCACCUUCUUCUUCGUCCUUGUGUCCUAUGCUCUGGUUCUCAGAGCAGUGUUGCACGUCCCCUCAGCAGCUGGCAGACGUAAGGCCUUCUCCACCUGCGGUUCCCACCUAGUCGUCGUGUCUCUGUUCUAUGGAACCCUCAUGGUGAUGUACAUCAGCCCUACCUCUGGAAACCCAACUGGGAUACAGAAAAUUGUAACCUUGUUCUACUCCUCAGUGACCCCACUUGUAAACCCAUUAAUCUACAGCCUCCGGAACAAGGACAUGAAGACUGCCUUGAGAAAAAUUCAAAUGCACGCAAAAAUUAAUCAAAGUGAAUGA